UAUUUAUUUUUCCACACACGCAGCCACACCCCAUUUCGAAAUUGGACGCCUGUAGUUAUAUAUCUCCCCCAUGGCACAGCAACCAGUAAAGAAGUUCGCCAAAGUGCACUCUGACUGCGUGAUAAACUCGCCGGCAGCAGUGCCCUUUCGGGUGCCUGUCAUAUUCGCAGGCACAGGCACGGCCACCCCGCCGCGAAGCGCCAUUGCACAGGGCACCAGCACCGACGCCGACGCCGACGCCGAUACACGGGCGUUGCAGCAGCCCAUGUUCAUUGGCAUUGGCGGCGGGCGUGGUUCCGGCAAAGAGCACACGUGCCGAAACAUCAUCGACAGGGUACAGCAGCGCGGGCACACAGACCUGGCAUCGCGCGUCGUGCACCUGCACCUAGACGACUUCCACCACGAGCUGUCUGCGGCUGACCAAGCUCUGCAGGCGGAGGGCCGCGAGCAGAUCAACUUUGACCACCCAGAGUCCUUCGACUGGGACCUGCUGCAGAGCGUAAUGGCGCGGCUUGCGCGCGGCAAUGCUGUGCAGCUGCCGGUGUGGGACAGGACAGAGAAGCGGCGCACCGGGUGGCAGGCGGUUGAGCCGCGGCCGAGAGUUGUCCUGGUCGAGGGCAUCCUCGUGCUGUUUGUGCGCGAGGUGCGCGCGUUCAUGGAUAUGAUGGUGUUUUUGGAUGUUGACAGCGAUACUCGGCUUGGCAGGCAGGUGCGCGAGGUCAUGCGGGGGCCGCAGGCUGCAGAGCUGAAGGCGUUUUUAGACCACUAUUUGUACGUGGCUAAGCCGUCGUUCGAGGAGUUUGUGUGGCCGACUAAGCGCUGGGCAGAUGUGAUCAUCCCUAAGGGCGACUGCAAUGCUGUUGCUAUCGAGCUCAUUGCGCAGCGGCUGAUCGACCUGGGCCAAGAGGCAUGAGAAAAAUAAAGGCGGUUUGGUGUUGGCUGGCCUGGCUGACUGAUUUACUAUUCAAUCUUCAUUGGUCCACUGUGGCCCCACUGACUUUAGCGCAUUGGCGCAUUGGCGCAUCUGGCUCAUUGGUUCCGUCCGCUUGGGCACAAUCAUGAUUGUUUGGCGGAGCUGCGGGGGCAGGCCAUGCCAUGGGUGUGCGGAAAUGGAAUGGAUGCUUGUGAAUACCACAUCCGACACAAGCAAG